CUCAGGGUGAACGCGAAGUGAGCGCUGGCGGCAUCGCGUCAAAACAUUUUCUGAAGGAGCCCAGUUUCCCCCUUCCCCGAACCCAUGGCUUCCAACGCCAACAUGGAUAUUGAAGGUGCCACCCAGCAUCUUAGGGAUAUUCUCAAGCUUGACCGCCCGGGACACAGCACCGAUACCCAGUCAGAUGACAGCCAAAGAAAGUCAUCUUUCAAUGGAGAGCUAAAUGGACUGUUGGGGGCAGCAGGCCUUCUGGGAGCUGGUGACAGGUCAACCAUGGCUGAAUCCACUGACCCUAGUGCAGCAGACAUGAACAAUACUCAAGAGAGUCAGAUAAUCUGCCUUUCUGGUGACGAUGGGUCCACCUGUAUCUCCAUUGUCUCUAACAACGUGGAGAUUGUAGCCAGUCGAGACUCGAGCAUCGACAGCAAGGCUCGGGGGAGUAAUAAGGUCAAGAUCCAGCCUGUAGCCAAGUACGACUGGGAACACAAGUACUACUAUGGUAACCUCAUAGCUGUGUCCAACUCCUUCCUGGCCUAUGCCAUCAGAGGGGCCAAUAACCAUGCUAUGAUUCGUGUACUGAGCCUGGUAUUGGCUGAGCGCUCCCUGCUCAAGGGCUUCACCGGGGCCGUCACAGACCUGGGUUUUGCCCACCUUGACUCCUCCCUCCUCGGCUGUGUCGACGAAGCUGGCAACCUGGUUGUCUGGCAGCUCACCUGCUCUAGCAACAAGAUACUUGACCAAGUAGUUGUCCAUAUCCGACAGCCAAGCGACAUGCCUCUGAACUCCCACCACCGUCUCAUCUGGUGCCCCUUCAUCCUGGACGACAGUGACGAGAACCAGGAUGACACGAGCCAAACCCUGGCCCUUCUACAUGAAGACAGGGCUGAGGUGUGGGAUCUGGAGGUCCUGCGUGCCAACAAUAGCAGCUGGCCUGUCGAUGCUUCAGAGCUAAAGGACGGCCUCAUCACAGUGAGGGGACACACCGGGCGAGUCAGUGAGGGCGCUCUCUCUCCAGAUGGGACAGUCCUGGCUACAGCCAGCCAUGAUGGAUAUGUCAAGUUCUGGCAGAUUUACAUAGAGGGUGGACAGGACCAGCCCAGGUGUCUGCAUGAAUGGCUCCCUCAUGGAGGACAUCCUCUUUCCUGCUUACUCUUUUGCGACAACCACAAGAAACAAGACCCAGAUGUUCCAUUCUGGCGGUUCCUAAUAACCGGAGCCGAUCAGAACCAGGAGUUGAAGAUGUGGUGCACCGUUUCGUGGACCUGCUUACAGACCAUCAGGUUCUCUCCAGAUCCAUUUAACUCAUCUGUUCUGCCCAGUCUGAAGGCCAGUCUGGAUCUGUCUGCAGAGUGUCUCAUCCUCACUGAUGUACAGAGGAAGGUUCUGUAUGUGAUGGAACUUCACCAAGACCAGGAGAAAGGCCACGCCGCUUUCACAGCUGUGUCGGAGUUCCUGCUGACCCACCCCGUGCUCAGCUUUGGGGUCCAGGAUGUCUCUCAUAGCCGACUGCGACACACUGAGGUCCUUCCUGCCGAGGAGGAGAGUGAGAGUAUGACUACAGAGGGCAACCAAGGACCCAUGGAGUCCAAGUCUGGGAUUCAGAUCAAACUCUACUGUGUGCACACCAAGUCUCUGCAGGAUGUCCAGAUCUGGUUCCAGCCCAAUCUUGGUUCGAACUCUGCCCUCUUCCUGCCACAUUCUGACUCCCAGGAUGGUUUCGUUGGGUGUGAGAUGGAAGAGAAAGAAGAACUCUGGAGUGAGUUGGAUGAAGUGGUGGAGAGUGUACCCAAGGAGGAGAGAGUGGUGAUUGGAGCCGACUUCAAUGGGCAUGUUGGUGAAGGGAACAGAGGUGAUGAGGAGGUGAUGGCAGGUUUCUCAGACCACUUGACGGACCAAAGCUCCGACAAGGAGUCAGGCAGCGGCUCUCAGAGUGACCUCAGGAAGAUUCCAUCUCUUCCUGCUCCCACUGACUUCCUCUCUGUCUCGGGCACAGGCAGUGGCGUGUUGCCCCAGCUUAUGACCCCAGAUGCCUUCAUGACCCCUAAUACUUCGGUACCAGCCUCCCCUGGCAGCAGUGCCAGCAGUCUGACUAUUGUAACAGCGAUGAGCAGCAACUCUGACUCGACUAACAGGGCUGUAGAAGAUGUAAGUCAAAGCCCCAAUAGAGCAGAGAACAGCAGCAACAGCAGCCUGACACUCUCUACCUCUUCCAGCAUUCCCAGAGCUGCUACAAUACUGCUGUCUGGACUGGAAAACCUGCAGUCUUUGGCCUCUUCUGGUGGCCCUCUUUCACUUGAGAGCCCUCAGGUGCUGGACCCCCCUCUCCUUCCAACACAGGCUUCUCCGACCCGGGCCCGUUCCCCCGACGUCAUCUCCUCAGCCUCCACAGCUAUGUCUCAAGACAUGCCAGAGAUCGCAUCCCAGACCCUGCAGCUUCAGCGCAGCCUGAUCUCCAACUCGGAGCCCUUGGCCCUGCCGGCCCUCCAGACGAACAGCAUGGCCUCUGCUGCCUCGGCUUUGCACCUUCUCUCGUCACCAAGGGGAGUUAACAACAGCAGCCUAUUGCCUCUGGAACUUGGGGGUGGAGCUGGAUCUGUAGGCGGGCCAGUGGAGGCGGAGCCAAGACUAAGCCACACCCCAUCUCUUCUGGAGAAUGCCCUGUCGCAGGACAACACUGGUGCAGGUGGAGGGGCUUCAGAUGUUAGCAUUAACCACACACCUUGGCCAGCAGCACCUGACAUCACCAGGGAGACCAGAAACAGUUUGAGGGACAACGGACUGGCAGACUGCUCAAGAGAAGAGCUGAAGGACAGGCAGAAGAGCUCGCCUUACCACAGACGCUCCUAUCACCUCGCACAGAAUGACAGUCAGGAUGCCAGCGCAGAACAGAGUGACCAUGAUGAUGAGGUGGCCAGCUUAGCGCCAUCUUCAGGAAACUGUGGCGGUCGCUCCUCUCACAGACUCCCUGCUAAGGACUGGAAGACUUCGCCACGAGGCUCGCCCAAACUUAAACGGAAGAGCAAAAAAGAUGACAGUGAAACCUCCCUGUCCAGACAAACAGACUCUGGCCAGAUGAGUUCUGAGGUUCAGGAGGAGUUACUGAUGUUGCUGCGUGGCCAGCAGAGGGAGAUAGCGGAACUGCGUGGACAGAUGGAUGCCAUGCGGAGCUCCAUUAUGAGCCAAGUAGAGCAUGUGAUGGCCAGUAACCAGGAGCAGGAGCAGCGUAGACUGGAACGCAUGCUGGUGGAGAGUCAGAGCUGUCAACAGCAGCUGCAUGAGCAGCUCGGACAGCAGCUCAGCCAUGCCCUCAGCUCGGCAUUAACCAACAGAAUGGACAAAGUGCUAAGAGAUGAGAUGAAGAAGACUGUCCCACAGACCAUCUCCAAGAGUCUAGAUCCGGUGACAAGCCAGUUGAGCAACACAGUUGCUGCUAAGCUAACAGCCGUGGAAGUCACUCUGAAGGACAAUGUUAGCAAGGUUGUUAAGUCUAAGAAUACGACAGACGCCAUUGGGCGAGCCGCGGCCGAAGCAUUGCAGGGUCCCAUCCAGGCAGCUUAUAAGGACGCAUUCCAGAGCCUCGUGCUGCCUGUGUUCGAGAGAGGCUGCCAGUCUAUGUUCCAACAGAUCAACGACAGCUUCAAACAGGGCACACAAGAAUACAUCCAACAGCUUGAAGCCCAUGGUAAGAACAGGAAGCAGAGAGAGCAGGAGUUGAGAGACCCGGUGGUUGGCCAACUGCAGCAAAUGAUAGACAGCUUCCAGAACUCCACUGACCAGCUGGCCAAUACAAUCACAGCAAGUGUCCGUACGGAGGUCCAGCACCAGGUCCAGGUGAUUGUGGGAGGUUUGCAGGAGUCAAUCCUCAGUCACGUGCAGCGAAUUGUCAAAGGGGAAGUCAGCUUGGCGAUGAAGGAGCAGCAGGCAGUGGUCACCUCCAGCAUCAUGCAGGCCAUGAGGUCUGCCGCUGGUACACCUGUCCCUACUGCACACCUAGACUACCAGACCCAGCAAGCAAACAUUCUGCAACUUCUGCAGCAGGGCCAGCUCAACCAGGCUUUCCAGCAGGCUCUAUCAGCGACAGAUCUGAACCUGGUGCUGUAUGUCUGUGAGACCGUAGACUCCCAGCAGGUGUUUGGUCAGCACCCGUGUCCCCUCAGCCAGCCUGUGCUGCUGUCGCUCAUCCAGCAGCUCUCCUCCAAUCUAACAACUCGUUCCGAGCUCAAAAUCAGCUACCUGGAGGACGCGGUGAUGAACCUGGACCACAGCGACCCUCUGACGAGAGACCACAUGGCUGCUGUCUUAUCCCAGGUCAGACCGAAGCUCUUUGCCUUCCUGCAGCAGGACCCCCACAGCCAGCUCAGCAAGAGGGCGCGGCGCCUAAUGAUGAUGCUGCAGGGCCUGGUCAAGCACUAACCCUCUGCUUAUGAUUGGGUGCAGAAAGGGGGGGAGUCUUCCUCCUAGAUGCUGACCAAAGGGGUCUGUGUCAUAAUUUUAUGUUAAUGGUUCUGUAAAAAUGGGAUUCCUGGCUAGCACCAAGAGCAACUCACCACCCAACCCCGCCUCAGCUUUCUGCUUGUUUUCCCAAAGCAGAUGUAUGUUGAUUAUGUGUCAAUGCAGCUGAACAACGAGGACGGGGAUAAGGAAAAACUAUUGGGUCCGGGAUCGUCUGCAAGAGGAGAAAAUGUUGGUUUCGGUAUGAAAGACAAGUGUUUCAGACUGACCGUCAGUUUCAGAUUGUCCUGAUCCGCUGCCCUCCUGGCCUCCUUCCACACCCUAAAGCCUUCUUCCUCUCCCUCCUCCUUCCAUUCCUUAAUAGUCCUCUCUGAUGGUCCUCCCUGCUCUACUGAACAGCCCAGUUUUUGUCUAUAGGGUACACCCCCCCCCCUUCAUUUGUUUUUCAACCAAACAUCUGCUGUGCAAGGCAGAAGUUAUCUGGACUGAUGGAUGUUUCCUAGUUAGUGUUAGAGAGACUGUUUUCUGUAGUUCCAGGACCCCACCCCGCCAUUUUUGUUCAUCCUUGUUAUCGCCAUCUUCGAAAGAAACGACAAUACUGAUUGGUAGCGUCUGCUGCUCAAUGAAGACAGCCAAUACGUGACACUCCUUUGUCGUCUGUUCACACAACAUCCACAAGGUAUUUAAAAGGUGUACCUGCCUACAUACUGGCUCUUCUGCCCAUGUGUACAGCCCUUAGUCUAAUACAUGAGGUUCUACUCCAUUAUAUUCAGUAUUAUCCUUCCAAAAUUUGUCUAUACAUCGGCCCCAUUUUAUUUAUCGUCUGUAUUUGUAAGACUUGUAUACUCGGUAAAAUAAUUAUCAGAGUUCUUAUAAUCCAUUGAAUACUUAAUACUUGCAAAUGUUUAUUGUCACUAUUUUCAUUUUGUUUAAUAAGGAUAAAGUAAUGUUGGUAACCGUGAUGUACAGUUACUUCUGGUUGGCUCUAGCAGGCAGGACACUGAACUUCAGACGUGUCCAUUUUGCUUGUGAUGGUUUUGUUGGCACUUGCCUCCCCUGGUCUUGGACUUCGAGUCAUCUACAACGACAAUAAAAUCAACUUCCAUGCCUUGGCUUCCAAAUUCAUAGUGUAUGUUUGAACAGUGUUGCAAUUGUAUUGCAAUGUUGUGUAUCUAGCCCAUUCACAGAUGUCAUUGAUAAGUGGCGGCUAGGCAUUGAACUUGAUUGACAGGCCUGUUCAUUUUUAUUCCCCACAAAGUUGAAUUUGUCGAAGUAAGUGCCUUACUGUACUUAAGAAAAUGUAAUCCUGUUUGGAACUUAAGACAUUUUCAUUUGAGACGAACAUCCCUCCUUUUUUGGAUUCUCAUUUGGCUGAUGUUAGGGUUGAUCAUGGAUCCUUCAGUUUAGGUUACACAAAGUGUCCGAUUUGUUGGUUUUUGAGGUGAGCUUCAUUAAAAAAAAGAACAUGUGACAAAGGAGUUCAGCUUUGGUUUGUGGGCCUCAGUUAAAAUUGGACAUCUUGCAUCUUGGUGAACCCGUACGCACCCAGCCACUGAGGAUGCACAUUCUUAGUGCCGGUCCCAAGCCCGGACAAAUGGGGAGGGUUGCGGUCAGGAAGGGCAUCCGGUGUAAAAUCUUUGCCAAAUUAAGUGUACGGAUCAUAAAUAAGAUAUCCGUAGUGAAUCCUCACGCCUCAGUUUUAGAGCCUUCCACAACUUGAGGACCAUUUUCACUGGGAAUUGAGUGAGGAAGAGGAGAGAAUGGCCACACCGUGUCGUUGGAGUUUCUCCCCAUGCCAAACGUUAGAGGUGACCAACAUUUAGCCAUUGGGCCGAUCCCAUUGCCUCCCCAAUUCCACUUGUCUGGGUUCAGUUUGUUUAUUGAGAGGAGAUCUCUUGGGUGUCGUGAAUCUGUUCAUCUAUAAGCAGCAGCUAUAGGAACCUCGGGGCGGGGGGGGGAUAUUAAGGUUGACCUUUGAGAAUUCGGCAAGCCUGCAUGUAGGAGCGGUGUUUUUGUUGUGUCCAGUAUCUUAUGGCAAAUUUUUCAUCCAAGGUUGCUCUAUUCUGACCAACCCAGUGAAAGUGUUGUCCAGAGCUUGCCGCGGUGUUUUUUUUUCUUUUUUCGUUCAAGGUAAAGAAUCGGAAGAAUAUAAAGUACCCGUAGUCAAGUGGUCCUGUUAGUUAUUAGUCUUUGAUUUCAUUUAUUGCUCCAAAUAAGCAAAAAAAUGUUCGAUCUGUUCUGCCCUUGGAUAUGGCUCUUAGGUAUCCUCUGCAUUUCCCUCAGCUGAAGUGGGGAUUUGAUCACAUGGUCAAGUUCAAACCGUGUUGUUAAGACUGCACCAGACCCCUCAGAGUACUGAAGGUUGUUUGAUGUUUUGUUUUGUUUUGGUUUUUUUCCAAUCAGUGCUUAUUCACACAAACAAGUUCAGAAUGUCAGUUAGGAAGCUUGCACAUAAAAGGAUACACUAUAUUUUUUUUUUCUCCUUUUGCUAGUUUGUUACAAAAAAAGAUUGUGUGUCUGUGAAUAACAGAUUUCCUUUGUGUUCAUGUCCUUGUACUUGGAUGAUUAUGUUGUAUAUUUCAGUCUCUUUUACCCUCAGCAUUUUGGAAUAAAAAGA